UUUUCUCACGCAUGCUAACAUAAACAUUAAUUUCGAAUCAUGGCGUUUAGUUCAGCUUUGCGAUGUUAUUUGAAAAUUAGCCGGUCAUUCCUAAUAUCUUCGGCACACUACUGUAGUACGGGAACGAAAGAAAAUAUCCAAAAAUUAGUUAAUAAAAGCAAAGUAGUUGUAUUUAUGAAGGGUGUUCCGGACGCUCCGCGUUGCGGUUUUAGUAAUGCAGUUGCUCAGAUUUUACGCUUACAUGGUGUACAAUACGAAAGUUACAAUGUUCUCGACGAUGAACAAUUAAGACAAGGUAUCAAAGAAUUCAGCAACUGGCCAACUAUACCCCAAGUCUAUAUUAAUGGCGAAUUCGUUGGAGGUUGUGAUAUUUUAUUAGAAAUGCAUCAAAAUGGACAGCUUAUAGAGGAACUGAAAAAAGUGAACAUAACAUCUGCUUUGCUAAAUGCUGAAAAGGAUAAAGCAUAGUUUUUUUUUCCCUUUUAAUCAAUAGAAAUUUAGCAUGUAUUUGAAUAUUAUCUGUAUCCAGAUUGUUCAUAAUUUGUUUCCUCUAUGAUUCAGUUGUUUUUGUUAUUAUAGGAAAUAAACAUAUGUUGAUUCA